UCUUAUUUUAUUGUAAUAUAAAUGAAAAUAACAAGUGAAACAUAAUUUUACAAAUGUAAUUUCAGUUAAAACAUUAUAAAAAGUAAGUUACUUCAAUAUACUAGUGCUAAAACUUCGAAAUUACCACCUCAGGAUAGUAGGAUAAAACCGCGAUCAUACAAAAUGGAACCGGUGGGCAUCUUGUUUUGGUAAAUCUCAAUAAUCCUCUAAGAAGUUGGAUAAUUUAACAAAUUUCAAUAUAGUUUUCUAAAAUAAAAAUGGACCGAAUUUAAGUGAAACGUAAAGGAGAGAGUCAUGUGAAAACUGUAAUUUUCAAUAAACUAAGAACCACUUCAAUUAUGCACCAUUUUGAAUAAGAAACAUUGGCAACACAUCCAUCAUUAUGUCUGCAAUAGAAAUGGACACUAUUAAAACUAAAGUAAAAACUAAUGAAGACAAUACGAAGAUAUCUACAUGUGAUAACAGCAUCAUUGAUAGAACAAAGCCAAGCAAAGUUUCUGAGUAUAUCAACAGGAUCAACACCUACAAAGUACCUAUUGGUGCUUCUCUAUGUUUUUCACUAGCAAUCAUAAUAAUUAUAGUCAUAUCGAUAAUGGGUCAUAAAGAAGUCAUGAUAGCUUCGGAAGAUGGAAGCAAGGUGUUUGCGCAUACCAGCUGUGGAAGAGUUGAAGGGUUGAUGGAGGAUAGUUCGUUUACUUUCCGCGGCAUCCCGUUCGCCAGACCACCGAUAGGCGAGCUACGCUUCCGAUUCGCUCAACCGCUCGAUCGCAUACAGUACUGUUGGAACGGUACGUUUAUCGCCCACAACGAUUCCGGUCUCUGUCUUCAAAUCCUCGCCAACGGUACGACCGUCGGCAAAGAGGACUGCCUCACUCUGGACGUCGUUACGCCGUACGUCAGGUACGAUAAUCCGUUACCAGUGAUCGUACUUAUAGGUAGCGAGACCCUUAUGGGCGGUUCCCCAGGAAAAUUGAGACCGUCGGCCAGGUACGCCCGAUCCAGAGACGUGGUCUUUGUCCGGCCGAAUUUCAGACUCGGCGCUUUGGGUUUUCUGUCUUUGGACAUCCUAGCCGAAUCCGAUUAUCCGAAAACGUCGGGCAAUUACGGCUUGAGCGAUAUUGUGGCGGCGUUGAAUUGGGUGCAACUCAACAUCGAGCAUUUUGGCGGCAACAAGCACGCCGUAACGGUGUUCGGACAUCGCGCCGGUGCCACUCUGGUCACCGCCCUGACGGCCAUCCAAGGCGCCGGUAAAUAUUUCGUCAGGGCUUGGGCGUCGUCCGGCAGCGCCGUUUACCCUAAAAGGGACGCGAGGCAACAACAGAGCGAUAACAGGAGUUUUUUGGAUGCGGUACGUUGCGAGAAUGUCGAAUGUUUGAGAGACAUGGACGCGGAGAUGUUAGUGAAAGCUGUCGAGGAUACUUGGAGGAAGCCGUUUCUCGAUUUGCCUUUGGCCGAUGAGAAGCCUCAAGAUAGGCAUCAGUGGUUGGUAGUGGACGGUAGGCUAUUGAAAUCAUACACGGAGGAAAUUUGGAAUCCGGACACGGACCUACCGGUGAAUUUGAUAAUUGGAACUACAGCUCAUUCGAGCAGCUCCGAAAAACUGUUAAUGAAACACAAGCACUGGACGGAGGAAUUGGUCAAGCAGCACAUACAGCAAUCCGUCGUAUCGUCAACAGGUGAAGGCGUUUUCACAAUGUACGACCUAAAUUACGAGGGACUCAGCCGGAUGAUAUCCGAUAUUCGAAUCGUGUGUCCGUUGUUGGACCUGUCCCGUCGAUUGAAAUCGGUGCCGUUCUACGUCGUCACUCAGACCAGAUUCGCAGAGUGCGUGGCUGACGUCGAUUCCGACGUCGACGCCAUUUUGGGUCGAUACGAGCCCAGGACGCCAGAGCAAAGGAGAUAUUUUUCGGCGAUGCAGGGCCUGUUUUACCAUUACGUUUGGGACGGAAACAUAGAACAGAACAUGAUAGGGCAGAGGGCGUUAAUCGUCGGCCAAGACGUCCUGCCAAAUUCCAGUUACUCCUGGUGCGAUUAUUGGACGUUGAAAAAUGUCGUGCCUAAGUACGCGGUGCUCGAUUAAAUCAAUAAGGAUUUCUUAAAUAUGUGCUUAACUAAAUCUUGUCAAUAUUUGUUCAAAAAAUCAAUACUUUACCUAAUACAAUAAAUGGUUUACAA